GCUAAAUAUCGGUACUUAUUAUGAAACAAAGUUCUAUAAUUCGACAAAAGCUGAUACGAUGUAUGUACGGAGCUUUUUUUGCAAUCUUAAUCAAGAAGGAGCUCCUACCCGUUCUAGGAGGGGCAGGCUUUUGAGAUUGUUCCUGAAUAUCAGUGGGUUUGCUUCAGGGAUUCCAGAAUGCAGCACACAUUACAUUUGACUUUCCCGCCCAAAUUCAAGUGUUGCAAGGAUUACACAAGAAGAAAACGAAGAAAACUAAUUUGUAUACUGUACGCAUUUCCAGCUUUGCAUUACAUAUUAAAUCAUAGGUAUACACACCUAUAUAUUUAUGUUUAUAUAAACAGGCAAAUACACAAAAACCGGCGAAUAAAAAUCAAUGGAAUGAAUCUACUGAUGGAAGCUGACGUCAUUCACUGGAUCUGUCCAUAGUCACAUAAUAAUACGACAAAAUGCUAGUGGUCGGUUUGAGCUCCUUUAUGGCCGAUGAGAAUGUAUUUUUGAAUUAGUCGAGUAAACUGCUGUCAGAUUUCGUUCGCGAGAUUCGGAAGAAGUUUCUUAUCAGAAUGUCUUAGUAAAGAGUGACAAAAGAUAGUAGUAGUGUAGUAGAUUGAGUGAGACACCACCAUGGGGCAGAAUGGUGGUGCGGACUUUGGCAAUCUUAUACAAGGAGCGGGAAAGCAGCUCUUGAAUCGAGGAGGGCAAGCAUUACUCCAGUAUGGAGCCCAGGCCCUCGGAAACAUCAUCAAUGAAGUCUUCCAGAAAAAGGAGGUAGAACAGAAGAGAUUCUUGCCGAGCAUCAAAAAUUAUAAAGUGCUAGGCGAGACCCGUCCCUCGUCGUUCGGUCCAGCCACAUACCAGGACUUCAAGGAUAUCAGGUCGCGGUGCUUAGCUGAAGGCAGACUGUUCGAAGACCCCGAGUUCCCAGCGGUGGACCGCAGCCUCUACUACAAGGAGAGACUGGACCGGCCCAUCACUUGGCUCAGACCCGGGGAAAUAUGCGAAGACCCUCGGCUGUUCGUGGAAGGCUACAGCCGAUUCGAUGUGCAGCAGGGAGAGUUGGGCGACUGUUGGCUGCUGGCCGCCGUCGCCAAUCUAACGCUGUACAGGAAAUUGUUCUUCCAAGUGGUGCCAGAUGACCAGAGCUUCGAUGAGGAGUACGCUGGUGUGUUCCACUUCCGUUUCUGGCAAUACGGCCGAUGGGUUGACGUAGUGAUAGACGACCGGUUGCCCACGUACCGUGGAAAACUGGUCUUCCUACAUUCUUCAGAGAGGAAUGAAUUCUGGAGUGCAUUAUUAGAAAAGGCGUAUGCCAAAUUGCACGGAUCUUACGAAGCCCUAAAGGGUGGUUCCACAUGCGAAGCAAUGGAGGACUUCACCGGUGGUGUUACGGAAAUGUACGACGUCGCAGAAUUACCACCGAACUUUUAUACUAUUCUAUUGAAGGCGUACGAGAGGAACUCGCUUAUGGGAUGCAGUAUCGAGCCGGACCCCAACGUUCUCGAAGCCGAAACUCCCGUAGGUCUAAUCCGUGGUCACGCAUAUUCCAUCACUCGGGUUAAAUAUGUCGACAUAGAAACACCUGGGAGAGCUGGAAAAAUACCGUUGUUGAGACUACGGAACCCCUGGGGCAACGAGGCCGAGUGGAACGGACCCUGGAGCGAUAAAUCUCCGGAGUGGCGUUUCAUCCCAGAAUCUGAGAAGGAAGAGCUCGGUUUAACUUUCGACGAUGAUGGAGAAUUCUGGAUGUCCAUGAAAGACUUUGCACAGCACUUCGACAGAGUGGAGAUUUGCAACUUGAACCCCGACUCUUUGGACCCUGAUGAAUGUCCCGAAGGAUGCACAAAGAAAUGGGAGAUGUCCGUCUUCGAAGGGGAAUGGGUUAGAGGCGUUACCGCUGGUGGAUGCAGAAAUUUUCUGGAGUCUUUCUGGAGGAACCCACAAUAUACAGUCACUUUAACCGACGUCGACGAAGGAGAUGACGACAAUAAGUGCACAAUAAUCGUAGCGCUAAUGCAGAAGAAUCGUCGCUCGCAGCGUCACCAGGGACUCGAAUGCCUCACCAUAGGGUUCGCGGUCUACCGACUGCCUGACUACGGCCAUGUGCCCAAACCAUUAGACGUCAACUUCUUCAAAUACAACGCUUCCGUUGGGAGGUCGCAGGCUUUCAUCAAUCUGAGAGAAGUCAGCGCUAGGUUCAAAUUCGAGCCCGGCAGCUACGUCAUAGUGCCUUCCACUUUCGACCCCAAUGAAGAGGGGGAAUUUUUGCUACGUGUAUUCUCUGAGAAGUGCAAUAAUAUGACUGAAAACGAUGAGGACCUCGGCAUGGGAGAUGUCGAUGACAGAGUGAAGGAAAUAACACCGAACCCGGAACCGACGGAUCCCAUUCGCGAUUUCUUCAACCGUUUAGCCGGUGCCGAUGGGGAAGUAGAUUGGCAAGAACUGAAAGAGAUUCUCGACUACGCCAUGAGGGAAGAGCUGGCCAUGCGGAAGGGCGGCGCUUACGACGGCGGUGGAGGGGGGAUGAGAAUGGAUGGUGGAGGGGGAGGGAUGACGUCAUCGUCCCCCCCUCAGGAGCAGAGCUGUCUGGAACAACUGCUGUGCGCCCUGUGCGCGCCGAUAUGCAAGGAGAUAGGCGUCGAUUUGCAACAAGUGCAACAAUCGCAGGGCGUUGAGCAAGUGCAUUUGAAUCAACCACAACCAGAAUUAAAAGGGCAAGGCUUCUCUAAGGAGGUGUGCAGAAGUAUGAUAGCCAUGUUGGAUAAAGAUGGCUCUGGUGGACUUGGAUUUGAAGAGUUCAAAACUUUGUGGAUCGAUCUGCGUAACUGGAGGGCUGUUUUCCGUCUAUACGAUACUGAAGGGCGCGGUGCUAUCCCCGCCUAUCACCUCAGAGAUGCCCUUCAUUCCGCUGGAUACACUGUCAAUGCACACGUUCUCAAUGUAAUGGCUCACAGAUACGGCUCCUCAGAUGGUUACAUUCAGUUUGACGACUUCAUAAUGUGCGCCGUGCGACUCAAAACCAUGAUCGCUAACAACGAACCGCUCGAGAAUCUCGAACGCGAACUGCAAGGGGUGCCAUGAGACAACGCCGCACGUACACAAAUACGUUCAAACAAAGAUCGUCUGGGGGCGAACAUGCAACGUUCUCGCUGGAAGAAUGGCUGAAUCGCACAGUGUACUCUUAAGAUCGACGAUUCGCCUUUAAAACGCCUUAUUGUGAAGGCCUUAGGGUCUAAAAUUAAAAUCGGCCUUUACAACUUAAGUUAAUUAUAAUCUCAAUGGACACAGUUGGCAAAAAAAACCUUAAAAAAAUACAACCGUGUGUUUUUUUUCAAUUUUUUUUUUAUUUGACAGUUUUUGUUAUUCUUGUAUAUUUAUAUGAAUUGCGAACAUUGAGAUAAAAAAACCGACUGUUCUUAUGGAGAUUCUUAUUGAUUCUAAGUCACAAAAUAAUGUUAUAAUGAUGAUUGAUGUAACUUUUAAUACUUUUACAUUGUAUCAAAUACGGGUAUGAAUACUAACUUCGAUGUCAAAAUUAAUAUACCUACUUACUGUCCAUUUUUUAAUGUAUCAAUGUCAUUUAUUGUACAAAUUGUAUACAUUUAAAUUUAAGAGAAUGGUUAUAAUAAUAUUGAAACAGUAUUUUUUUAUCCACCGAUUACUCAUUCCAUGUGAAAAUGGUUUUUUUUCUUGUUUUACUAAGGUUGUUUUUAGACGAGUUGUACACAACAUCCUUAGUUUACUGUGCGAUGUUGCUACCUUUGCUUCCGCAAAUAAUUAAUAUAUAAUUAUAAUAUAAAGUAAUGAUAAUAUUAUAUUGUUACAUUCAAUCUGUUGCAUUGAUAAUGGCAUUUUUAUAUAUUAUUAUGUAUUCUCUUUUGUAAUAUUUAUGACACUAUUAAAUCUAAAUCCGACAUAUGAGAUCUGAAUAAAUGUUUUCUUUUAUUUAUUAAAUCAUUUGUUUUAUUCCUACCCUGG